CUGCUCUGUGCACUCGUAACCAAAAGGCGAAAAGGAGAGAGGAUGGAGCCAAGAUCCACGAAAGCGAAGUGCGCACGGAGGACUCUCUUUGGUCCUGUGGACCCCGGUCAGCUGCAGCAGGACUUCCAGCGCAUGCUGCAUGGGAGCAUGGAGAAGGCCAAGCAGAAGUGGAACUUUGACUUCUUGCGAGAGGCGCCCGCAGAAGGCCUGCUGCAGUGGGAAGAGCUGCAGGAGCAGGAGGUCCCCGCCUUUUACCGCACUUCUGUGCUUGGGGGGGUCCGUAAACCCCUGCAGCCUGUGAACCGGACAGUAGCCCGGGAAGCCCAAACCCGUCACACGGUGACACUGGGACAGAAAGCCACGCCUGCCAAGAAGACGGGAGGGAAAAAGAGCCAGACUAAAAAGAAGCGAAGGCAGACCUCUUUGACUGAUUAUUAUACCAUAAAGAAGCAAGUCAGAAUGGAAAUGCUAACUCCUGAAAAGAAACUGGCCUUCUAG